AUGUCUCCCCCCCCUGCAGCAUCGUGUGCAGAUUCUUCCUUGCACAACGCACCCAACUCAGUAUCUGAUGUCAUUAUCAGCCCAGCACCCAUGGAGACAGACGAGGGACAGCACGAUGAUGUACUUCCACAACCUCCUCCGACUGUUCCCUGCAAUCAGACUACCCAACAACAGGAAUGUAAUCCACCUGCAAGUUCCACCAAUGUGUCUACUGUUCGUACAUGUAUACGGGAUCCUCCUUUCUGUACAGUGAGAAAUGUGUUCGGGCUAGUACGCCAAUUUUUCUCAGCAACUCCCCCAUCUCAUGACCCCAAAGAAGUCACAAAUCUCCGAGAUAUCUGCUCUAUUCCAUCUGCUCAUCCAACAGAACAGGAAGUCCCUGCUGAACCUCGCGACAUCUCAUUUGAUCCCUACCCCAAUCGGUCUUCUUUUGACCUUGGACAUUGGUAUUGGAAUGGUAGUGCCCAGAAGUCGCAUCAGAGCUUCAAGGAACUGAUAGACAUCAUCGGAAGUCCAGAUUUUGACCCUCAUGAUGUUGGCGAAUGGGAGGAUGCGGAUGCGGGUUGGCGUAAAACACAAGUCACGAUUGAAGUCCCUUUUUCUCAUACCACAGCUCAGCCAAACGCUCAACCGUAUGUCGCUACAGACCUUUACCAUCGGUCUCUUGUUUCUGUUAUUCGGGAAAAACUCGCAAAUCCGCAGGACAACGAACUUUUUCAUUAUGAGCCUUACCAACUUCGGUGGAGCGCCAACCAUCUUCCACGUGAAGUAAAUAUUCGGGGCAAGUUAUACACUUCUCCGGCAUUUAUGGAUGUGCACAGAAAACUUCAGGGGUCACCUGCAGAGCCAGGAUGCGAUUUACCCCGGGUGGUUGUCGCACUCAUGUUCUGGUCCGAUGCUACACACCUGACAACUUUCGGCAGCACGAAACUGUGGCCAAUAUAUAUGUAUUUUGGGAAUGAAUCGAAGUAUUGCCGGUGUAAACCAUCGUGCAAUCUAGGUAAUCAUGUGGCAUACUUUCAAAAGCUUCUGGAAUCGUUCAAGGAUUUCGUAGGUACUUACACCCGUGGCAAAGGAGUUGGCCGGGAAUGUACAACACAUUGCCACCGGGAAUUAUUCCAAGCUCAAUGGAAGGUUUUACUCAAUCCCGAGUUUUUACAUGCAUACGAACACGGCAUUGUGAUCCUCUGUUGUGACAGCAUCAAACAUAGGUUUUACCCGCGAAUAUCCACCUAUUCUGCGGAUUACCCUGAGAAGGUACUUGUCGCAACUAUCCGGCAGCUGGGAGGUUGUCCUUGCCCACAAUGUGUCAUACCAACGGGACGACUUAACAAUUUAGGAAUGCUUUGCGAUAGGCAGCAGCGUACGACUCUUGCACAUUCUGAUCACUCGAGGAGCCAGCUGGUUAAAACAGCACGCGGCUUCAUCUACAAAAAGAAUUACAGUGUUGACAGCACAGCUGUCGAGUCGCUUUUGAAGCCUGAAUCAUGGGUACCAACCUCUAACACUUUUUCGGAUUGCCUCGGUUCUUUUGGAUUCAAUGUGUUUGUCGCGCUCGUGGUGGAUCUGCUGCACGAGUCUGAACUUGGAGACCUGAUCCAUGAGCUUGAUAAGAGGUACAGGCAGGUCCCCCCAUUUGGCUCAGCGACCAUCAGGAGAUUCUCUGCAAACACUUCCAAUAUGUCCAACUUGGCUGCUCGUAACUUCGAAGACCUUUUACAAUGUUCAAUCCCUGUUUUCGAUGGUCUGCUUCCAGAUCAUCACAACAAAAUUCUUAUGAAUCUUCUUUUUGUCAUGGCCCACUGGCAUGGAUUGCCGAAACUUCGCAUGCACUCAGACCUCACCCUAGAAAUUCUCAACCAACAGACAAUGGAUCUUGGCGAACAAUUUCGUGAGUUUAAAGCAAAAGUUUGCUCUGCAUAUCAUACCCAAGAACUCGAUCGUGAAGUUGAUGCACGAUCUCGUCGACAGGCAAAGGAUGUGGCCAAACGGGUAGAGACAGGCAAGGUGAAUAAUGUCAGGCAAGUGACUGCAGCUCCACAAUCUGAGCCAGGUGCCAUCGGUAAAGGAAAAGGAAAAGUGAGUCCAGAGCAGUCCCAGGACAUACCUGUGCCAAAGCAGCUGCAAAGGAAAAAGUCGUUUAAUUUUCGAACUUACAAGUUUCACGCACUCGGAGAUUACAUGGCCUCCAUCCGUCAUUUUGGAACAACAGAUUUGUACAGCACCGAACCAAGCAUCCUAACUCAGAUCGAGCGUCGCCAGACGCGUUUGCACCGCAUCAAGCAACAGCAACAACGAAAAGACUUUCGUACAGAGGUGAAUGAAAUGACGAACGACCCCGAAGUACAUCAUUAUAUCGGCCAAAGCGAGAAGAAUUAUGAUGAUAUUGGUCACUACCUCCGCAGCCACGUGCAUGACCCUGCUAUGAAGCACGAGUUUUACGUCAACAGCUUUGUCGAUCGAGACACGCUAAUGCGCUUCCACUUUGGACUUGGAGUUGGGCAUGUGUACUCCCACGACACAGAAAAAUACCUUCAUUCGACUCAAGGGGCACCUCACCUUCCAACAACGCAAACGGGACAUGGAUAUCCAGAAAGAGAAGAAGGCCUCUGGGACACCACCAAUGGGGAAGCUCCUGACGAUGGUGAGGAGGGUGAAGAGGGUGAGCAUAUUGCUGUCGAGGAGUUGAACCAUUUUCAACAGGAGCAAAAUGGAAGCACAGAGUCACUAAUCGAUGCUCUCGACGAAAUGUUUAGUACUGACCAUGCCUUUGAUUAUGAAAACUAG